GUCUUAUCUUUGUUGUUGCGCUGCGUGGACGUGUUUGUUACGCUCGGAUCCGCUACUUGUGCCUCUAUAAAAUUCUUCUAAUAUCUUUUGUGAUACAUUCGCUAUAUAUAUAUGUAUCGGCAUUGCAAAGUGAUAUAAGUAUAAAGCAAAAACUGCAUGCGUAAGGCGUAUGUAGAAGUGUAUGUGUGUGUGAGUGAAAUACUAGAAUAAGUACAAAAUGGAUGCAAGCAGCGAUCAGCAACAACAACAACAGCAGGAACAACAAUACUAUGAGCACAGUUGGAAGUCAGCCAAUCAUGGAAAUUCCUUAUCAGACAGCAGGGAUUAUGAUACAAACUCAACGCGCACAUCGCUGACUGGUUCGCCGCCGAUAACAUCGUCAACUGGUCUGGACUUUAAUGGAUUUGAAGACAAAGCGCUGCUGGCAUCGCUGCUUGCGCCCAAAUUAGAUGAUGCCGGCAGCAGCAGUAGCAGCAACAGCAUUUACACAACUGGGGAGCAACAGGUGCUGCAACCAUUAGGCUUAACAACAACAACCACAACUGCGACGACGACAGCAACAACAACAGCGACAUAUACUUUAUAUGGCCCGGCGGAAUUGCAGGCACAGACAGUUAUAGCUGACGAGGACGAUGACGCUGACGAUGACUUAGUUGAGGACGAAUUGGUCACACUGACCAGUGCACCCCUGUUGCUAACCAGCACCAACAACAACAACCACAAUAGCAACAACAACAAUAGCACAUCAUCCACACACACAUUAUCCACACCAAUUUCACCAUAUCAUCAAACACAAUCCACACCGAUACCUGUAAUAGCAACAAUGGGCACAUAUAAUCUGGAUGAUAUUUGCUUUACGUUGGAAUAUCAGUUUCUAAAUCAGAAGCUCGUCCAGGUGCAGCCACCCACAGUGGUGUCGUUCAGCAUGUUAUCGCCAGAAGAAGAUGAAGAACAACAACCCACAAAAACAACAGCAACUAGCAGCGACAACAAUAACAACUCAAGUUCACCUUCUCCUACUACAACAACAACAACUGCAUAUUUCACUCUUGGGACGAGCUAUAUCGAAGAGCAAACAGAGCCCGAUGAGGACAAUGAGCUGGCUCACUGCAUCCAUCCGGGCGCCCUGCACAAGGACACCGACGAGGAUCAGCUGUUGAUGGCGAUGGCCUACGAGAGCUCCGAUGAAGCUCUCAGCCGUUAUAAAUGCAACUAUGAAAACUGUUAUCGCAGCUACAGCACAAUUGGAAAUCUGCGUACACAUUUAAAGACACACACAGGUGAUUACAGCUUCAAGUGUACGGAGGAGGGCUGUAACAAGGCAUUCCUCACAUCAUACAGCCUGAAAAUCCAUGUACGCGUCCACACCAAAAUCAAACCCUACGAAUGCGAAGUCAGCGGCUGUGAUAAGGCCUUCAACACGCGAUACAGAUUGCACGCCCAUCUGCGACUGCACAAUGGCGAGACAUUCAAUUGUGAAAUGUGCCAAAAGUGUUUCACGACUCUCAGCGAUCUGAAGAAGCAUAUGCGCACCCACACUCAGGAGCGACCCUACAAAUGUCCCGAGGAUGAUUGCGGCAAAGCCUUCACCGCAUCACAUCAUUUGAAAACGCAUCGGCGCACGCAUACCGGCGAGAAGCCGUAUCCCUGUCAGGAAGAUAGCUGUCAGAAGUCAUUCAGCACAUCGCACAGCUUGAAAUCGCACAAGAAGACGCAUCAGCGCCAGCUGCUUAGCAAGGGGGGCAACAAAAAGAAAUCGAAGCGUGCGCAGAAACUGCUGCAACAGGAACUGCACCAGCAACAAGAGCAUCAGCAGGAGCAAGAGCAACUGGAGCGGGAGCAACUGGAACAGGAGCUGUUGGUGCUGCAAAAGACAGACGACAUGGUGCUCUUUAAUCCGGGCAGUCAGAGCUCGGAGACAACGAGCAACGAUAGCGGCGUUGUAAUCCAGCAGUUGGCCAAUGUUUGCUUGCUGCCAGAGACAUCGCAAGCGUAUCCUUUGUCCUAUGCGGCCGAGGAGGAGAUACCUAGUCCAUGGAUUGAUGCCGGUGUGCUCGUUUCUAAGCCCAUUAUGCCGAUGGCACCGUUGACCGAUGCCUGCGUUGCACUCGCCACUGAAAUGCCCAGUUUUGUUGAUUUGAAACACACAUUUGGCAGUGCUGCUAUCAGUGGUGGCACCAUGGAAGAGUCAACACCACUCGAUGUGGAAAUGUUGAACAGCACAAAUUCAAAUCCAACAAAUGCAACUGGCAAUCUGCCCACACUGGAGCUAAAUCCGCAGAACAUUGAGGAGCUGCUGCGCGACGAUAGUUUUGACAACGAUGAAGAUAUGGAAACCGAAUCCCUGUUGAACGACAUCCUGAUGACCAUUGAUAAUAAUAGUGCGCUGCUGCAGGCGACACUCCAUCAGGCAGCCCAGGUGCCCAGCGAUGCAUCGGGUCUGGUCGAGCUGGACAUAAGGGACAAUAAGCCGACACUUAAACAGAUUACAGCAGAUGCGGGCAUCUGCAAUUGCACUAAUUGCAAGUGUGAUCAGACCAAGAGCUGUCAUGGCGGUGACUGUGGUGCAACCAACAAAUCAACCACCACUAGUCAUAAACCCACAACAACAACAACAAUACAAACGGCAAACAGCAGCUCGAAACGCAUCUGUGGCAGCGUUGCCAGCAAAAAAGUGAGUAGACGCGAUGCGGAAAUAAAUCAGAAUAUCGAGGAUGUUGCUUUACUGCUCCAGAAUUUGGCUUCCAUGAGUGGCGCAAGCAGCAGCGCUGCUGGCGGUGGUGGUGGUUGCUGUGGUGGUGGUGGUGCUUCUACUGCUCCUCCUCCUCCAGUUGCAGCAGCUCCAGCCUCGGCUUGUGCUUGCUCCACAGCUGUAUCCAAGCCGGCGCCAACUGGAGGCUGUUGUGCUCCACCAGCGCCUUCGCCGCCCGUCAGCUGCAGCUGCUGCUCCUCCAACUCUGGAGGCUGCUGCACACCAGCAACAGCACCGCUGCCGCCGCCGCCUCCUGUUGCCAGCUCCAGCUGCUGCUCCAUGAAAGCACCGCCGCCGGUAAUCCACAGCUCCACGACCGCUCUCAAGGGCAAUGCGUGCACGUGCAAGAGUCCGGCGGAGGGCGUCGCCAAUGGCUGUUGCGUUGUCAUCUGCAUGAAAACAUUGCAAGCCCUGCGCAAAGUUCUGACACGCCGGAACCUCAACCUAAUGCUUUGUCCGCAACAGAACUAAAUUCGCCAUCAAAAAAACAACAACAAUUUCUACUGCAACAAAGCCUUAUCCAAAGAAAUUAAUCAAGUUUCAUCAUCAAGUAUUGUAUUUGUGUGUGCCUAUUGAAAAGUAUUCCAUGUAAAGAAACAAAAAAAAAAAAAACAAA